UAUGGAAUGUCUAUGGCCCUUUUUGGCUCAAUUCCCAGUUCGCCGCGGAAAAACGACGGCGAAAAGGCCUGUCUUUUCGUGUUUCAUGUGUAGUAAGCCCAAUACGGUACCCUUUCCUCUCAAUUUUGUUUUGGCGGAUGAAUCAUUCUUGCGAAGAUUCAGAUUCUUCUCUCGACUUAACCUCGUCAGCACGACGGCCAAACCCAACCGUUGUCCGCUGUCUUCCCCGCUUCGUUCUUCCUCUGAACCAACCCUCGUUCGAAUAAAAAAAAAAGAUAAUGAAGAAAUCUCUCCCUUUCUUCUCGUUUCUCCUUCUCUGUAUUCUACCCUUCUCCUCCCAAACCGGAGCCCCUAAAAACCCGAACCCGAAACCGCCCCUCACCCAGGCCCACACCGAGCUUCUAAGCUACGGUUUCCCAAUCGGUCUCCUUCCAGCCUCGGUCCAAAAUUACACUCUAAACCAGACAUCCGGCGACUUCUCCGUAGAUCUCGGUGGCACGUGCAAGAUCACGCUACCGCCUGAUAACUACCUGGCCACGUACUCAAAGCGGAUAAUGGGAAAAAUUGACCAGGGAAAGAUAGCGGAGCUGGACGGGAUCCGAGUCCGGGCUUUGUUCAAGUGGUGGUCCAUAACGGGGAUCCAUUCCAGUGGGGAUAAUUUGGUCUUUGAAGUUGGGAUGGUUACGGCUAAAUACGCGGCUAAGAAUUUCGAUGAAAGCCCUUUCUGUGAAGGCCAGCAUUCGUCUUCUUAAGAGUCAAAGACAGGUAAAUAAAAAGGGCAUCCUGACAAGGAUUAAAUUAUUGUGUGUCCUGUUUAAUUGUAAGAUGUAAUGUAUUUAUGUAUAUGUAUGAAGGAUUUUUGCACUAGUGUUAUCUUCUCUUUGUAUCAGGUCUCGAUCAUCUAAGCUCUCUUGGAUGUUUUUUAAAACUAAUCAUGCAAAAAUUCUCCCUUUCUCCAAGCCUGUUAUUUUUUCUUGUGAGUAAACUUACUUUUCCUUCUUGUGCAUGGUGUCAAUGUGCAUAAAUAUGGUCAUUUGAAACCAAUUCUGCGAGCAAAGUUGGCUGGAACCCUCAAGUUUCUAACAGCACAACUAACAAGUUCAUUUUUGUUGCAUUUUCAUGUGGUAACAGGCUGCAGUAACAGAAAGUUACAAACCAUAUUUUGUUUUGUGUUUCAUUUUUCAACUCAAUAAUAAAAAUAAAACUGACAAACAACAUUCAGGCACAUAUGCACUUCUCUUUACUUGUUUUAGAUAUCUUUUCCAGUGUUGAAACCGCCACUACCAGGGGGAAGGGGAAGCUUCUUUAUUUUGUAACCCUCUAUCUAGAAACUUCUAUGUGAAUCAGGAUACGGCAGCUGAGAUUGUUGCACCCGUAACCAUUGGCUUUUUUGGGUCUUCCACAUUGGAAGACUCAGCAAACAAACUGCAGCUGCAGUCUGUGAUUUGGUUGUUAAUACUUUAGCUAUGUAUCACCGACUCUUUUGUCACGACUACCAAUAAUAAAUUUGAACCCUACUGUCACCAGCAUUACAAAAACCUUUUUUUUUUAUAUGAUGUUUUAUAAUUUUCUAGUGAAAAUGUGAAUGUAGGUAGUACUGAAAAGUAUUCAUAAAUUCAACGGAAGAUAAAUAUUUUAUGAAUAUAUUAUCCAGUCAUAAUUUAAAGCAUGGGCUAACUGCUAAAUGGAUCUUAA